GUUCCUGGCGAUGAGGACAAGGUUCCUGGCGGUGAGGACAAGGUUCCUGGCGGUGAGGACAAGGUUCCUGGCGGUGAGGACGAGGUUCUUGGCUGUGAGGACAAUGUUUUUGACGGUGAGGACAAUGUUCCUGGCGGUGAGGACAAGGUUCUUGGCGGUGAGGACAAGGUUCCCGGCGGUGAGAACAAGGUUUCAGACGGUGAGGACAAGGUUUCUAGCGGUGAACACAAGGUUCCUGGCGAUGAGGACAAGGUUCCUGGCGGUGAGGACGAG